GAUUUCUCGCGGGAAACUACACAUCUAAGCAUUUCUUUUAUUACUUAAAAUAUUAAAUAGAAAAACAGUAUUUAUUAAAAAGUGAUAACUAAGUAAGUAAUUGUUGUAGUGUUUUUUGUGGAAAGUAUUGUAUAAGAUUAUACAAAACCAAAACAAUAUAUUUCAACCAAUAGCAGCGUUCAGCGCCGACGGUUGCGAGAAUUCUGAUUGGCGAAUAAGAAUUGCUCUGUGGCGCCUCUCCGACCUUAUAAAUAUCGGCGCGAUCACAAACCAGACCUCUUUUCCACAGUGUUAAUUCAAGGGGACUCUUUCGGGUUAUUUUUGUGAGCUAACUCUAAAUUCAGAAUGCCGGAGACCUCAAAAAUGAAUGGAUACUCAAAAACAAACGGACAUAGUUAUGACAUGGAAGAAGGAUCAGUAUUUUUGUUCACAUCAGAAUCCGUCGGCGAGGGCCAUCCAGAUAAAAUGUGCGAUCAAAUUAGUGAUGCUAUCUUAGAUGCACAUUUGAGGCAAGAUCCUGACGCUAAAGUGGCAUGCGAAACCGUAACGAAAACCGGGAUGGUGUUAUUGUGCGGUGAAAUCACUUCCAAAGCCAAUGUUGACUACCAGAAGGUUGUGAGAGAGACAGUGAAGCACAUUGGUUAUGACGACUCUUCUAAAGGUUUUGAUUGGCGUACACUAAAUUUAUUAGUGGCUAUUGAAGAGCAAAGUCCAAACAUAGCUGGUGGAGUCUAUCAACAAAGAGAGGAAUUAGAUAUUGGGGCCGGAGACCAGGGCUUAAUGUUUGGAUAUGCCACAGAUGAGACAGAAGAAUGCAUGCCUCUCACAGUAGUACUUGCACACAGACUUAACCAAAAGAUCGCAGAACUGCGGCGAAACGGUGAAUUCUGGUGGGCUCGUCCAGACUCUAAGACUCAGGUGACAUGCGAGUACGUGUUCGCUGGAGGCGCCACCGUCCCACAGAGAGUUCACACCCUUGUCGUCUCCCUGCAACACUCCGAAAAGAUUACAUUGGAGACCCUGCGUGAAGAGAUCAGAGAGAAGGUCAUUAAGGAAGUGAUCCCUGCCCACUACCUCGAUGAGAGGACUGUGAUCCACAUCAACCCUUGCGGUUUGUUCAUCAUUGGAGGACCCCAGUCGGACGCGGGUCUGACGGGACGUAAGAUCAUCGUGGACACGUACGGAGGCUGGGGCGCUCACGGAGGCGGCGCCUUCUCAGGCAAAGACUUCACCAAGGUGGACCGCUCCGCUGCCUAUGCCGCGCGUUGGGUUGCUAAGUCGCUCGUCAAAGCUGGUCUCUGCCGCCGUUGCAUGGUGCAGGUCGCCUAUGCCAUCGGCGUGGCUGAGCCGCUGUCUAUCACGGUGUUCGACUACGGCACCUCGCACAAGACCCAACAGCAACUGCUUGCUAUUGUACAAAAGAACUUUGACCUGCGACCGGGCAAGAUUGUCAAGGAAUUGAACCUCAGGGCACCAAUAUAUCAGAAAACCAGUACUUAUGGCCACUUUGGACGAGAAGGCUUUCCAUGGGAGAAUCCCAAACCAUUGGUUGUAGAAUGACUUGCAACUUGAGGAUUAGACCAUUGUAAAUAUUUUCACCAGUAUGUUAUAAACACUUAAUCUACGUGUGUAAUUGUAGCGAGGGCGCAGGGAAUGUCGCUGAUGUCUCUCUUUAGACAUUAAUAUGUAUGUGAUGAACCUCGCCAGUGGAACUGUGGGCGACGCUGUAAAAUCACGUGACGGUUGCAUUUACGAGGUUCUUUCUAUAUUUUAAGUAUUCUCUAGAUUAUUAGACACAUAGGUUUAACAUGGUGCCGUCAUUUCUGAAUUUGAGUUAGUUCAGGGGUUUUAAUGGCAGUCCUAUUUAUUUAAGAUUACAUGUUCAGUUUCCUAAACAAAAUUGUUUGCUUUUUACACUGCCUAAUUGUUUUUAUAGUUAAGUAAAUGAACUUUCCAGUGAUAAUGAAGUAUGUAAUAUGAUUUUAUAUUUAUGUACAAUUUAAAUCUGGACUGCCCACACUCUCGAAUGUUCUUCAUUGUACGCUUUACGAUGUAAGUGCUAUGAUUUUUGGUAGAGUAGACUACUUCUCUGGUCGCGUCACAGUCGAGCGAGUGCCGGUUGAACGAGCACGGAGCAUCUGAUGCCUCGUUCCGCUGUCCUUCGCUUCACUGCAAAUUUAUCAGUGCUGCGAGGAGAAGUUGCCCCUAAUGUUGUUUAAAUUCAAUAUUAGUAGAUAUAACUCCUUAAGUGACAUGUAUGUACAAGUUGAGCUGGUUACUAUCUCACGCGCAGCACAAUUUGUGUUGUGUUUCCGAAAAGGAUUGACGUGGAAAAGAGCCAUUUUGAAAACACACCGACUAGACCAGGGUAGUAGUGCACUGUGCAUUUACUCCUUAAUGUAAUUCCGCCGGUAGUUUUAAUUAGGCGAAAUGCUAACCGUACAUUUGACAUUAGGGAUUAACAUAGUUUUAAACUAUUGCUUAGGACGGUUAGUGAGUAUUUCCGAUUAUAUAUAUUUUUUGAUCUGUUUCAUCUUCGACCUGUUAAAAGUUUCUGAUUAACUUCUGUGGAUUAUCAAUUUGUCAGAUUGUGGAAUUUAAACUUAAUAAAAUUAUGUCUUCCCGAAUAACUAGCGGGAGAAAAAUA